AUGUCGACCAAGUUCACCGGAUUCGUCUCCAUCUCGACGCCGCGACAGGACCGAUCGCCGUCGGUGCCCCACCCCACGUCCAUGCCCGUGAAAGAUUGCCGGCUCUGUCUCGUCAUGGAGGAGACAGAAUUAGCUAUAGCAAUGAAGGCGGUGCGUACGGUGGAUCCAGGCGCCGACGAAAUCCGCAACUUUGUGAUCCACGUCCGCGCCAAAAUCAUGUAG